AAUCAAAUGACUGAGUUACCAAAAGAAGUAGGCUACUUGAAGAAUCUAACUGUGUUGAAUAUAUCAGAAAACAAACUAGUAGAACUACCAGACACGAUAGCCUUUCUAUCCAAAUUAAAGGCUCUCAACGUUAGCCAUAACCAAUUAAGUACAUUACCUCCUUCUAUAGGUCAACUACGUAAACUGGUCAUCAUCAUUGCCAACAAUAACCAACUGGCCCAUUUACCAAAGGAAAUAUCUGAACUAUCGAAGCUUGUAUCUCUCAAUUUAUCUUUCAACCCCUUAAAAUCUCUGCCGGCAGAAAUAGCAACUUUAACAACACUU